GGUCAUGAGUUCAAGGUUGAUCACAAAGUGUAUACCUUCAUUACAACCACGAGUCGAUCCAAUGAUACAAAGGUCCAGAUCUACAUUAUGCAUCGUAGAUGGCUCUCUACAAAUGUAUCAAUAUCAACAGCAGUAACAGCAACAGUAACCCCAUCAUCAAAAGCCUCAAGGCUCAUAAUAACGAACAAAGCGAGGGCUGUAUCAUUUCAACAACUCUUGAGGCCAUUAGGGACAUGUGAGAUCAGUCAUAGUAGAUAUGAAUUAAAAUUGGGACGAGGACUAGAGCUAGGGUCAGUAUUGAGUCCAGGAUCAAGGUUGGAAUUAGGAUCAGGAUCAACGGUAUCAUCAUCAUCACCAUUAUUUAGUAGGCGAGAGCACUUUUGUAAUACAGCGUUGACACCACUCCUUCGCCUUGAUACCCCGGCAACUACGAUGACGACAACGCAAUCACUGCAAAAACAAAAUUGGCAGCAUCCUGUCCAGGGGAUCAGAAAUUCACAUCCAUCAAUAUCUUAUUACUAUCACUACCAUCAACAUUUGUGCAUUGGAUCUCCACGUAAAUCAAUUCCUGCUGUUGCUUCAAAGCGUUCGCUAUCAACAUCAACCUCAUCAUCCUCAUCGUCAUCCUCAUCCGCAUCAUCAUCAGCUUCAGAGGUUUCACAAGGAGGGACUGCAGGGUUCGCACCAUCAUCAUCAUCUUCUUCUUCAGAGAUACAGGCUGUACAAUCUUCCUGGCAUUUCCCACAAUCCACUCGAGAUCAAAUGAGUCAGCGAUCGUGGCUACCAAAUCAACUCGAGCCAUUACCAUUACCAAUUGCACUUAAAGCCUUCCGCUCAUCCAAUACAACAACAGCAUCAUCAACAUCAUCAACAUCGUCAUCAUUCAUAAGAGGGGAUUUUUCAUCAAUAACAAAGUAUAGAGCAGAUAGAGUUGAAGAGCGUAGGUUUCCACGCCCUCCAGCAGUGAUUGGAUCACAACCUCUAUAUUAUUUUGCAAGGAGAUUUCCAAUCUUGGCCGAACAAGAGUUGAAUGCAAUGCCACACAAGACUGCACUGGAUUAUUCGAGUUUCCUAUUAGGAGCAAUGGAGACCUCUUAUCCAUCUGCCACGACAUUGCGAAGCGUAGUACGACAAUUUAGGAAUUUCUUAAAAGCAUCAUCUUUGCAGGAGCAAUUGGAGUUACCUAGAGCUAGAAUAUGGGCACAAACUAUUAGAGGUUUAAUCUGGUUGAAGCAAUAUCGUCAAGCUCGAGUGGCAAUUCAUGCGAUGCAGAAACUUGGGAUCAAACCUACAGGUUAUGCAUGGCGAGGGAUCUGUCGUGGAUGGAUUCAACAGGGGCAAUUGAAUCGAGCGGAGGCAUUAGCGGCUCAAGUGUUCACAAGACCCGAAAUUUCGCAUGAUUAUCAAUUGGAGGAACGUCCUUAUUAUAUGACGGAUAUGGAGAAAACAACGACAACGUCAGCCCGUCGAAAGCAUCGUUCACCCAUGUCUCCUAAUUCUGCCCCUCUCUUCUUGGUGAUUGAAGCCUUAGCGGAGGCUGGGGAGAUGGAACGAGCUCGUUAUUGGUUUGAUCGGAUUCCAGAGCAUGAGAUGACGGAUUUGUUAACAAGUGAUAUGGUGGCAGGAUACUUAAAAGUGGGGCAACAGGAUAAAGCUCAUGAAGUGAUCCGGAUCAUGGCCCGAUGUGGUGUUCGACCAACAGCCAUUGUCUUUAAUCCAAUUGUAGAACACGCAGUGAACCAUUUAGGGAUGGACACAGCAGAGCAGCUGGUUCGAGAUAUGAUGGAAUUGGGAACGUUUAUGAAUUUGUUCACAUACAAGAUUUUGAUCCGUGGAUAUGUGGCGACAGGACAAAAAGAGAAAGCUUUAGAGUGUCUUCAACGGAUUCGAGCCUCUGGAAUUGAAACGGAUCGAGCCUUGGGUAGGAUUCUGUUGGAUGGGCUUUGGAAUCUAGGUGAAGUCCGUCGAGGAGACCAUGGCCCUCCUGAACAUUUCUCAGGAUCAAAUCGUGAUACUGGUAACAGUAGUGACAGCAGCAGCAGCAGUAGCAGCAGCAGUAGCAGCAGCAGCAACAGAGAUAGUAGGGAUACCUUAAUGGGGAAGGAAACCACGACAAGAGAUGGUAAUGAUAUGGAUCUUGAGAUUGAGGAUUUAGAUUUUGUGGGCCAGCCUGGAUGGGGAGCCAAAUGCGUCGAGUAUAUUCAACAUGGUAAAAUCGAGUUGGCAGAGGAAGCGCUUUACAUGGCAUUAAUGUUGAAGAGCAGCAGCAGUGGCAACAAUAAGAGUAAAGCAGAGUUUGAUAAGAACGUAUUGCAGGUUAUUAGGGCAAUGAUUGAUCAACGAGAGAUGACUCGAGCUAAACGCUGGUUCGAUUGUCUCGUCUCAUCAUUAUCAUUAUCAUCGUCAUUGUCUUUAUCGAGGUACGAGUCACGAGACCUUGACCAGCUGGUAGAUCUGAUGAACCAUAUGGUUUCUGGAUAUCUUCAAAUGCAUCAAACAGGAGAAGCAGAGGCCAUCAUCCAGACGAUGGCUCAAUAUGGAGCACAGCCCACGGUAGAGACUAUUAAUUUGAUGCUUCAAUGGACUACUUUGCAGGCCGAUAUGACGGACGCGGAAGUUCUCAUAACCAAAAUGAUUCAAUCAGGGGUUGAGCCUAACCAGAAGACGUAUGAGAUCUUGUCACAGGGUUAUGCAAUGCGUGGCGCUGUCGAUUCAUUACAAGAAUGUAUCUCCAAGAUGGAGGAUGCAGGCUUUAGACACUCAGAUUUGACACAGUCGACCCAAGAGCUGUGUUUGGCGCUGUUAGGUCGUGGCAGUAAUGAUGGUGGUGAAAGAGAACAGGCUUUUUCUUCUACUUCUUCUUCCUCUUCCUUCAUGUCUACAGAUAUUUUGGACAGACUAUGUUUACAGUGGAUCAAACAGGACGAAAUGUUACGAGCAGAAGAGUUUGUGAAUCAUUUGAGAUCGAAUCCGAAUGUGCCGGUGACCAAGAUACCGUAUACGACCCUUAUCCAAGGUUGGAUUGAUCAAAGUCAACGCAACACUGUCUCAACCUCAGCAUUACAGGCCAUUACUCAGUCACGUCCCGAUAACAGUAGCGAUGGGCUGUCAGGAUCUGAAUCAGGAACAAAGGCAACAACAACCUCGGCCUCAACUUUGACUCCGACUUCAUCCUCAGUCCCUAGUAGUGAAAGUCUUCACCAAGAGUUCCGACUACGAGAAGAGAAUGUAUCAAAGAUGCGUAAAGCUCGGUACUGGUUUGACAAGAUGCCCAAGGAGCAGCAGCAGACAUUAGAUCUGGUGAAUAGAAUGAUUGGGGGUUACAUGGCCUUGGGAUUAGAACAAGAAUCUGAAGAGUUGAUUCAAUGGAUGGCCUCCAAACGAAUCAAGCCUGAUGUGAAGACAUACAACCAUAUGUUGGGACAUAUGAUCCAGAGACUGACGAUGCCAGCUGCUGAAGGAAUGAUUCAUAGGAUGCAGAGAGGAGGGAUUCAGCCCGAUAUUGAAACCUGGAAUUUGAUGAUCCGUGGAUAUGUCAUUCGUGGAGAAUUGAAAGAGGCGAUGGGAUGCUUGGAUCGUAUGGCUGGUAUUCAAAAUCCGCCAGCAUCAACAUCAGCAUCAACAUCGGCUCGGGCCACAGCCACAUCUAAGAACAAAUCCAAGACACGUGAGGCUAUUGACGCGUUCGAUCAGGAAAUUGUAGAGAUGGUUAUCCAUGAAGAGAAAAAGGAAGAGGAGGAUUCUGUUAAGGAGAGCGGACUCGAUGAAGAGUCAACGAUGGCUUUAACAGCCGAUACAAUCCAUGGCAAUCAAGGCUAUCGUCGUAAUCAUCGUCGUCCUUUAUCAUCAGGGGCAGAGUCAAUGUACGUUAACAGUGUUGUUGCAGUGGAACCGAAUGAAACGACAGUGAAGCUUCUUCUGUCAGGAUUUGGUCCAGAGGUGAAGCCUAUUCAAGGACGUGGAGACUAUGGUCGCGCACUAGAGUUGUAUAAAAGCAGAGUGGCACGUCAGAAACAGCAACAAGAUCUAUUGCUUCAAGGCCUUGCAGCAUGGAGUCAACAACAACAUGAUGGUGGUAGUAAUGAUGAUGAAUGGGUAUUGGACCAUUUAGAAAUGCUUCAAAGUCUAUCAAGUGAAUUGAAAGGAUCUGAAAUUGGGAUGACAGAUAUGGAUUGGAAGAAUGAGCUCCGAUGGGAGGAGAUGAUGGAGAUGGAAAGAGAACGAGAACGAGAACUCUCUGGAGGAAGAAGUGUGUAAAAAAAAAACUCUUUUCCCACGCUUGAUUGAUUUUUUUUUUUUUUAGUUUUUUAUCUUUGUAGAGAGAGAUCUCAUUUCAUGAACAUG